CGACUACCGGGCUUCCGCGAGCUCCUAGAGAGUCCUCGAGGGGGGGUGUCCAACCCCUUGCGGCGCAACUGAAUAAAACAGGAAGAGGGUCUCGCUCCCCAAGCAACCAAUCAGCUUUCAGGAUUCAUGCCAUCGUGAAAAAACUCCCUUUUCGGAUUAGAAAUGCUUGAUUAAGGAGUGGAAGUGAAAAGGGUGGAUGUUGAUAAGUCAUGUCGCAGCAACGAGUCCUAACCCAAAGUAAAGAAACUCUCCUCCAGUCCUACAACAAGCGGCUGAAAGAUGAUGUCAAAUCCAUCAUGGACAACUUUACAGAAAUAAUCAAGUCUGCAAAAAUCGAAGAAGAAACCCAAGUGUCUCGCGCUACCCAAGGCGAACAGGAUAACUACGAGAUGCACGUCCGAGCGGCAAAUAUUGUCCGAGCUGGCGAGUCCUUAAUGAAGCUGGUGUCCGAUCUGAAGCAGUUCUUAAUCCUUAAUGACUUUCUCGUCAACGAAGCCAUCAACCAGCGCAAUCAGCAAUUGCGGGCUCUGCAGGAGGAAUGCGACAGAAAACUCAUCGCCCUGCGGGACGAAAUCUCCAUCGACCUCUACGAACUGGAAGAGGAGUAUUACUCUUCCAGGUACAAAUAAAUCCACGGAGAAAUCUGGGGUAAUCAGACUGUGGCCUCUUUUUGGGUUGCAUUCUGAAACUUUUUAAAACUCUUGGUUUGUUUUGUUUUUUUUAAACCCGUGCUUAAUAUUAAAUAUUUCCGGGGCUGGUUCUGUCCAUCCUCAAAACCGUCAAGCCACUCCUAUUUCCUUGCUUGCAAUUCCGUGCAACUUUUAAGAAGGAAAAUUGCCCCAAGACAAUCUUGCUAGUUUGGGAUUUAAAUGUGGUUUGGUAGGAGUUUUUUUGCCCCAACCUUGGUCUGCAAUCGCCGGGAUCUUAAUUUAAGAGUUCGAUGAUGUUCUUAGUUUUUUUUUUUUAAUCGUAUAUCUUUAAUAAUAUAUGCCAAUCCCCUAAUGAUUGCUGCAGCUUUAUUAUAAAUAAAACUCUGGUAGGAUAAAAAAAAU